UCCGGUUGAGGAGGACACGUCACUUAUUGGAUUGAGGAAGAGGAGCCCUGCAGACCGAGUUCAUUGAGCCCAAUUUUUACAAAUUAGAGAGCAUAAUCAUGUCGAACUCAGUCAUAUCGGUUAUUUCUCGGUUUCUGGAGGAGUACACCACCACGACGCCCAACAAGCUCAAAGUGGUGGACGCGUAUCUGCUGUACAUCCUGUUGACAGGAGCGCUGCAGUUUCUCUACUGUCUGCUCGUCGGCACUUUCCCCUUCAACAGCUUUCUGUCGGGCUUCAUCUCUUGUGUGGGCGCUUUCAUUCUUGCGGUGUGCCUUCGUAUCCAGAUCAACCCACAGAACAAAGGAGACUUCCUGUCCAUCUCGCCAGAGAGAGCCUUCGCCGACUUCCUGUUUGCUCACACCGUCCUCCAUCUGGUCGUGAUGAACUUCAUUGGUUGAAACAGACAAAGUGACUCACAGAGUCCCCCCUCAGAAGAUCAAGACAAGAGAAGUUCCCCUCCCAGACAUGAUGCUACAUCUGCUUUAGUGCCACUGAGUCACGUCCCACCAUCAACACUGAAUUAGUUGCAUCUUGUCACACAUGAUGCAGUACAAUUUUCUUACACACAAUUGAUUUCUUGCAUUCUUUUUUUUUUAAAUAUCGAAAUUUGUAAAGCAUUCCCUUUUGCACUGAGAAGAAGAAAUAAAAACAACUCAAAUGGUGA